AUGAACGAGUAUGAGUACAUCUACAUGAAGAAGCGCAAGGACUUCGGCCGAUAUUGUAACUUCGACACGGUUGAGGCAAAGAUCCUGGGGCAGGUGGACCAUCAGCCUCAAUGUGGUGACAUGUACGUCGAGCAGACGAUCAUCAACGCGGUGUUUCACAACAUCCCGGAAUUCUCCGAGCACUCCGUGAACACUGCCCGAGUCAAGACCUCCGCGCGGGUCAUGACUCACGUGGAAGGUGGUUGGCCGAAGGAGAUUGAUUACAGCGAGGCUCAGGAUACGUUGAAGUAUCGCAAGCGGCUGGAGAAGGAUCCGGCCUAUGUUAGCGCCGUGAGGCAGCUCACAAAACAAACGGUACCCUGCCUAGAGAUGAACAACACCAUUGACUUGUUUCAGAUCUACUUCCAGGAUGAGGAGCCGGAUCACAUGCCGGAGAUUCUCAAUCUAAAGACGAUCGCACUUUUCAAGGACCCUCCGGAUGAAACUCGGAGUGUCACCAAAAUUGGAUGGCACCCCGAAGGCCCUACGAAGUUGGUAGGCUCGUACUCGAAUCUUCGAUUCCAGCGCAUGUCUGAAGACAUGCCGAUGUCAUCGUUCAUUUGGGACAUCUCGGAGCGCAACGAUCCACUGAUGGAGCUGCGGGCACCCUCACCCCUCAUUUGCUGCCAGUACAACCAAAAAAAUGCGGACUGGCUCUUGGGUGGCAGCUACAACGGCCUCAUCAAUCACUACGACUUGCGCAAGGGCCCCUCACCAUGCAUGAAGUCGUCGGUGGAGGUGGGCCACUACGAUCCCGUCUAUGACGUGGUCUGGCUCCAGAGUAAGACUGGAACCGAGUGUGCCUCGGUCUCCUCGGACGGUCGCCUCCUCUUCUGGGACGUGCGGAAGUUGAGUGAGGUUCAGGACGAGUGCGUGCUGAAUGAUGGCAACAAGGAGCAUCCCAAGACCCUUGGAGGCACUUCCCUGGAAUGGAUGCAGGAAGCAGGGCCCACGAAGUUCUUGGUCGGCUCCGAGCACGGCAUCAUCUUGUCCUGCACCAAGCGGCCUAAGAAGCAGGUGGAAAUCGGAUCUUGGUUCGGGUCCGAGGACCGGGGAGGCUAUGGCAAGCACUUCGGCCCGGUCUAUUCCGUGAAGCGCAACCCCUUCCAUGUGAAGUUCUUCCUUUCUGUGGGCGAUUGGUGUGCGAAGAUGUGGAUGGAAGAGCUGAAAGGCCCAAUGCUUCAGACGCCCUACUACCCGGCCUUCAUCAGCGCAGCGGGGUGGAGUCCUACUCGAGCCGGCGUCUUCUUCCUGGCGCGGCAGGACGGUCGGCUAGACGUCUGGGACUACUUCUACCGAAUGAAUGAGGUCGCCCUGACGCAGCAGGUCUCCGAUCGGGCUUUGACGUGCUUCAACGUCCAAGCUCAGGGCCGGCUGGCGGCUGUGGGGGACGCGGGAGGGACCAUCACCUUGCUGCAGCUUUGCGAUGGUCUCGUCGACCCAGGUCCUAACGAGAAGAACUUGAUUGGCAUGAUGCUCGACCGCGAGACCAAGCGAGAGAAGAGCUUGGAUCAGAUCAAGAAGCAGGGAGGUGUCGCGAGAAAGGACGACAAGGACGGGGCCGGUGGCAUGACCAUCGACAAAACCAAGUACCAGGAACGAGAGAAGGCAUUUUUCACCGAGCUGAACAUGACCGGCGAUGACCUGGGAACCACCCUUCCAGCACGUUAG